CGGGCUUUACUUUUGUGCCAGUAGGUAGUUACUCAGAGAGUAGUCACUUGUCCCUCAUGUCUAACAAGAUUGCUUCUGUUUUUCUUUCCAUUGUGGCAUGCAGCGCACUCAAUGGUGACGGGAAACCAAACCUAUGUGAAGGAAUUUGUUCUGCUUGGGUUCCCUGGCUCUUGGUAUCUGCAGAUCUCGCUCUUCAUGCUGUUCUUGUUCAUGUAUCUCCUGACACUCACAGGAAACAUCACCAUCAUCUGCGUGGUGGGGACCCACCGUCUCUUCCACACUCCGAUGUACUACUUCCUCUGCAACCUCUCCUUACUGGACCUCUUGUUCACCACAGCGUACAUUCCCCAGACACUUGUCAACCUGGUGUCACCAAGCAAAACCAUCUCCUUCCUCAGCUGCCUCCUCCAGAUGUACUUUGUCUUCUCCCUGGGCUGCAUUGAAUAUCUCCUCCUGGCCGUCAUGGCCUAUGACCGCUUUUUGGCCAUCUGUCACCCAUUGCACUAUAGCUCCACCAUGAACAGCACCUUCUCGGCUCAGCUGGCCUUUGGCUCAUGGGUAGGUGGCUUCUUGACGGUUUCUGGGCCAACGUUUCUGAUCAGCAGGUUGGCCUUCUGCGGCCCUACAAUAAUCAACCAUUUCUUCUGUGACAUAGACUCUUGGAUAGCUCUCUCUUGCACAGACACACACCUCAUUGAGAGGGUCUAUAUUACUCUCUCAUUUAUUGUCGUUCUGGGUUCCUUUGUGGUCACCCUGGUCUCCUACAUUUACAUCAUCUCAACUGUCCUUCGAAUCCCAUCUCCCCAACGCUGGCAAAAGGCCUUCUCCACAUGCUCUGCCCAUCUCACCGUUGUGGUGAUAUGGUACAGCUGCUCCAUCUUCCUCUACGUCCAGCCUUCGAAGCAGAACUCACUGAAUAUGAACAAAGUUGUCACCCUCUUGAACACGGUCAUGACGCCAUUACUCAACCCUUUCAUUUACACACUCAGGAACAAAGAGAUCAAGGAUAUCUUGAAAAAGGCUUUCAGUUCAACAUGAC